UUACAAUCUGACAUAAUGCAUCUUAAAACUAUUUGCACCGUAUUUUUUGUCCUGGCCUUGACUUUGGUUGCUGGCCAAGAACAGGAUUGUAGGAUAUUGGAACGCAGCUGUGAAAGAUGCGUGGAAAGGCUUCACAAUCCAAUUGAUCGUGAGCUGCCCUUCUUCAACAGGGAGUGCAGGGAAAAGACACGAAGGACUUGGAUCUGGAGGAACGUAGGACGUUGUGAGCUCUCCCGUAUUAACUGCAUGGGUUGGGAUCGACGCUUGAACUGUGGCGAAAUCGCUGAAAUGGCUGGCAUGCUCAGGAGAACUGAUUAGCCAAAAA